AUGGUUGUGUGUGCGAUAUGCUUGGCAAAGAAAGAAGUGGUCGAUAUGCAGACAUUAUCAUGCGCUCAUGCAUUCUGCCGAGAGUGCAUGACACAUUGCACGGCGUCACAGUUUUGUCCAGCACCGUUUUGUACUCACAUACGUCGUGUUAACGUCGUCAUUGACGAGGCUGAUGAGGGUUGUGAUGACAGUCACCAAAAGCUGAAAUUAGGUCCAAAAUUACCAUCAAUGUUACAAUUGGAAGAAAGACAACGGUGUGAUGGACGUAAAGGUACAUUUGGAUGUGUGAACGCAGCUCGAAUGACAUUAAACGAUUGUUGUCAUCGACUCUGCUUCGAUUGUCUUAUCAAUAAGAUCAAUGCAGCUCUUGCAGCACACGAGUUACCGUAUUGUCCAAUAUUUUUGUGUGCGAAUCGAUUAACAGGAAGUGAAAUUGCAAAAGUGGCUGAACGUGUUCCACAUAUGCGAAAAGCGUGCGAAAAACUCAUUGAGAAUGCACCAGAAGCAUUACCCGAAGAACUACCCGGUAAAGAUGAGAUCGUUCUCUAUUGUUCCGUCUAUCAUUCAGACGGAUCCGUAAAACCGAUAACAUUUCCCAUAGCAUGCACUGUACUCGAUAUGAUCACUGCUAUGAUUCAAGUUCAACAUCUCAAAAAAAUUCGCACGGCUCAUAAUGUCAGUGUUUUUAUCAAAACAACACCCGCAGGGAACCCGAAGCACGAUGCAUUCGAUGUGAAGGCGGUGAGUAAGAAGAAGAUUUGUGAUGUGGAUAUUCAUGAUGGAACGCAUUUCGUGUUGGAUCCUGAUGGCGAAAUCAAACAAGCAUCUGAGACCAAAGCUUGA